UCUGGCUCCCAGGGAAUGUUGUUCCCUUGAGACUGUCACUCAUAGUCAUGAACAUUGCGGUCAUUUGAGCAUUCACUACAACAUUAAACACCAUGAGUAGUGCCGCCCAUGUGGAUCAGCGAGCUGUCAUUCAGGCCUACCGUCACCUUUACCGGCAAGGACUGCGGGUGAUUAAUUAUUCUACGCCAUCGCGCCAUGUACUUCUCCGAACUUUGCGAUCCUCGUUUCGCUCAUCUUCUCGUCAUGAUUUCGAUCCACACAGAAUAGCCAACACUCUACGCUUCCUCCAGCGAGCUGCCGACACCGCGGGCGUGGAACAUAAGAUCGUGAAGAAUUUGAUGAUGGUCAGGUACUGGGAGCAACCCCAAGUAAGAAAGGAUUUGCGAUUAUUGAAAGGGCUAGGGAUUGACCAAAAAGAGUCCAGUCUACGCAGAGAUGCCAAUGAGCAAUUUAAUCUGACAUUAAUGCUUCUGAAUGAGAGCUUAGGGACAUGCCUCAAAUAAUAAGGGAUAAUGUUACUAUUCGUUCUAACCACUGGUUAAAGUCGCACUUGAUUGUGUGAUUCUGGAAAGUCGGAGGAGUUCUGGUCCAACAGAGAUGUAUUGCAUCUACAGUCUGCGUCUUUCGACUUGAAAACACAUUAGUGAUGACCCCUGUUGAAUACAAUAUAUGAUUAUGUACAGUAGAGAAGUGUUAAUACCUACCUUAGUUAUUCCCUUAUUCUUCUGCCUCCCCUUUUUUCCGUCUCUCACUUGGCUUUCCCUAAAUACCAUGAGUACUCCUUACGGCGAUGGGCUAAUUCUGUGGGCUAAACCUGGAAGACGACAUUACUGUAAACUAGAAAUGGCAGCACAUAAUGGUAAGCUUUUAAGUAGUUAUGAAGUAGCCACAAGUAUUAAGGGCUACUACCAAGCCAUAA